AUGUCUGCUGAAAUUGCUGCUACAGCCUCAACUGAAUGGGACCGUCUUUGGCAAGUAGUCCGUAAUGCGCCUGACGACUUCACCUCAUGGGAACAACUCAUACGACUAGCAGAGGCACCCGAAGGUGGUCUUACAAAAGAUUCACCUCCAGAAAAUAUAGCACGCUUAGAAAGUGUUUAUGACAGUUUCCUAGCCAAAUUUCCUUUGUGCUUUGGUUACUGGAAGAAAUAUGCUGAUUGGGAGCUUGCCGUUCACGGUGAUGAGGGUUGUGAAAAAACGUACGAAAGAGGUGUUGCAGCUAUUCACAAUUCUAUCGAUCUGUGGAAUCAUUACAUUGACUACAAGAUUGCACAGUCAGCAUCUAAUGAAGAAAUUGAAAGGUUGAUGGAGCGUGCAGCUUCUAAUGUUGGUUUGGACUUCCUUGCUCAUCCUUUUUGGGACAAAUAUUUAAAUUUUGCCGAAAAGCAGUUUGCCGACUCUAAGCGUGUACUUGCUUUACUCGACCGAAUUGUUCUUAUUCCUAUGCACCAAUAUGCUCGUUACUACGAAAAGUGGCGCGCUCUUCGCACACAAGGCAACAACAACCCAUCUGAAGUCCUUGAUGUCACAACAUUAAAUAAUUUUACACGCGAAAUACAAGAGGAAAAAGGCAACUUAUCUCAAGAGGAUCUUGAUAAAGCUCUCAGAGAAAAGAUGGACGCACAAACAGCUGCUAUUUAUAAAAAUACCCAAGAAGGUACCAACAAGCGCUGGGUCUAUGAAGCCGAGAUCAAAAGAUCUUAUUUCCAUGUGAAGCCCUUAGACAGACCGCAAUUGCAAAAUUGGAAUAAAUACCUUGAUUUCGAGGAAUCGGUAGGUGAUAUAGCUCGCAUCCGUGCAUUGUAUGAACGGUGCCUUGUCCCUUGUGCACAAUAUGAGGAAUUUUGGUUCAGAUAUGGUCAAUGGCUGAUGCAGAAUAAUAUGACUGUCGAAGCAAGACAUGCCUACGAAAGAGCUGCCUAUACUUUCCUUCCGAAAGAAAAACCUACAGUUAAAAUUUUGCUUGCUCAGAUUCUUGAAGAAGAGGGUCAGAUAGAUGAUGCUCGAAAAAUCUAUAGAACUAUUUUAGAAGCCUCACCCUCAAAUGUUGAAGCGAUUUUGAAUUAUAUUCAUUUCGAAAGACGCCAAGAUCCUUCUUCUUAUGAAGGUUAUCUCAACAGCUAUACACAGUAUAAUCAAAUCAAUGAUGCUGCUAAAGCAUUUUUCACGGUUGAACACGCUAAAUACAUGCAACAAGUGAGUAGAAAGUAUGAAUAG